CUUUUCCUUAUGGUCGCCUUAACAUUCAAUACUUUAUGCAACUAUUUACAACAAUCUUUAUUAAACAAUUCAACUUCUUCUUCAUUUGCAACACUUUUGUUGCAAGCACACAAAAAGAUCCAUGCUUCAUUUCAACCCAAACAGAAACCAAAACGUAAUGUCCAUCUUGCAAAAUCAUAUCAACUGCAGAUCCUUUAUCCUGCAAGAAACCCUUUGCUUGAAACAGACUUGUUCUUUUCAGAUCCGCAAACUGUGAUACAUCAAAAGCAUGAAGAGAUCAAAAGACAGUCUCAUUUAGGCCCCAUUACGCCUCACUAUAAAGCACCUCGAGAACCUAUUGUUCUCUGUCAUGGUCUCUUUGGUUUUGAUGUACGUGGUCCUCAGAAUAUCCCUGCUCUCCAGUUUCAUUAUUGGGGUGGUGUAGAAGAUACGCUGGCUAAGCUUGGUGCAAAGAUCAUUGUUACCAAAGUGCCACACGCAGGUAGCAUAUGGGAAAGAUCACAUGCAUUACAUACGAUUCUUAAAUCCAUUCUGGUUGGUAAAAAAGUGAAUUUUGUAGCGCAUUCAAUGGGUGGAUUAGAUUGUCGUCAUCUAUUGGCUAAUAUUCCAGAUCGCCCUUAUCAUGUCCAAUCUUUGACAACCAUUUGUACACCCCACCGAGGUUCACCUGUGAUGGACUGGUUUCGUGACCAUGUGGGUGUCGGUCAAUCUCUGAACAUUUCUGACUGGAAGAACUCAACUGCCAGUGUCAUGACAACCAAAAACUCAAAUACACUCCGACAAGAUCCAUCCAUGACAGCCAUGAAAAAGAAGACAUUGGACCAAUUCUUUAUAGACUGGUUUGAUGAACCUGCCUAUGCUCACCUGACCACUGAUUUCUGUAACAAUUAUUUUAACCCCAAUACACCCAAUGAUCCAUCUGUCAGUUACUAUUCUUAUGGUGCAUCUGCCAAGAUUUCUCUCUGGUCUUCUUUACUUGGUUUGCCUCAUCAAAUGGUACAUGAAAAAGAAGGAGAAAACGAUGGUAUUGUGAGUGUCAAGAGUGCUCAAUGGGGUACUUAUGUCAAGACAAUUCAUGCUGAUCAUUGGGACCUUAGUGGCAAAAGUUUGAUUCCUUAUCGUCUCAAAGGCUCGGAAGCAGAGAAUGGAAAAGAAUUUGACCGGCUUGAGUUCUAUGCUGAAUUGGCCACACAUUUAUAUGACCAAGGUCAUUAAGACACUGCAAAAUGACAUGUUUAUACCCCCUCCCUUCUCUUACCACUUAAUGAUUUAAACACUAUUUUUAUUAUAAACUUGAAACCAACUUUUCAAUAGCAUCAAGGUUAGGUCUACCUAAAGCAGCUUUUUUGUUUUCAAAAUCAACCACAAAAGGUCGUUCAAGAUGUUGAGGUUCUUUUUCCAAUAAAGCAUAGGCUUCUUCUGAAGAUGAAACCAACUGUUGAGCGUCAGGACGAAGUAACGUCUUCCAACCAGAAGGUUUAUUUGCCAAACCAAGAUAUUCAGAUAGUUGCGAUAAUUGUUCUCGAGUCAAAGAUUGCUUUUGAUACAAGAUAACCUGAAUAUCGUAGCUAUAUUUAUCUUUAUUUUGCUCAAGAUAAGCAAGUGCAUUACGUGAUUUACUACAACGAGGAUUAUGGAAAAUUGAUAAGGUAGUCAUACUGAAGAAAGAAAAAAAAAAGAGAAAAUAUA